UACAAAACGACGAGUAAAACAAUCCAGGGGAAGAACUAUGCGACCUUCAGCUCCAUACACCUGCAAGAGGUGUUUAAAUGCGCUGCAAUUCGGCCCACGGACAACGCAAUAUUCCCUCCUGUCUACGCGGCUUGCUCUGGGUCGAAGGACUCUUACGGGAGCAUGCGAAAAGCCCCGACUUGCUACUGCUACGCAGGUUAAAACGCAAUCUUCUCAGAAGAUAGCGGGCAGAAGGACUAUUGCAUCGUUGGGCGAUCAAAGACAAACAGCCAAGGAUGAGCCUUCCGAAUAUCGAAGCCCAGGAGGACUUGCGUCAACUCCCAUUCCCGAGAGUGAGGGCAGACCAUUAUUGAUGCCGAAUAACCUUUUUCAUCCUUUCUCGAGCUCUCCCUCGCCUGAGAUUAGACGUCGAGCAGCAUUCAUCAAGCAAAAUGCCUACUGCCCUCACCCUGAUCAUCACCAAACUCGAUUGCCAACGAGCCCGAAUGACCCCGAAGCCCGUAAAUCUGUCAAAGGAUCAAUGCCCCCUAAGCAUGUAAGCUUCGAGUGUCCGGAUUGCGGUAUACCUGUGUCCUGUUCGGAGGAGCACUGGGCCGAUGAUUAUGAAGCUCAUUUAGAGAUCUGCGAUACGCUUCGAGAGAUCAAUGAGGACGACCAUGAUUUACGGUCUGGCAGAUUCUUCCCGGAAUUUGAAUACCCAGGCGACCAAAUGGAGGAGGCCAUGAUUAACAUGACCAAUUGGGAUACCUUUAUGUUUUCAAGAGAAUUCAGAGCUAUCAAUGAUGAGCGGAGUUUACGGCAGGCGACGAGGCUCUUAACCUAUCCAGUCACAAUUGGGAGUGUUUUGCAUGAGCUGAGCCCGUAUAACAUAAAGAAGGGUGGCCGUUUGACCGUAGAAGGUCUGAAAAGUUUGAGUGCUCUUCGCUACUCACUCCAUCCCCCUCGAUCAGGAGGUGGUGCGGAUAUCAAAGGUCUCAGACCAACUCCACCUCCUAUGAGGAUAUUCAUUCUCGGUGCUCGGGCUGAAUCAUCGCUUCCAAGAGAGGUGUGGGUUCAGUUGGCUCAUCUUUUCCCUCGAGUCUCUUUCCACUUGAUAUUCAUUGGGCCUGAAAGCAUGACAAACAGAGAUGCUGAAUUUCCCCUUCCUGAGCGAACACCUGGUAAUCCUUUUGGGGCUGUCGUUGAGGAUCGAUUGACGAAUUCUUUGAAGAUCAGCACAUUUGUGGAAUAUUAUCACACACUCCACAAGGCUGGCCACUUCUACCCAUACGAUCCAUAUUUUGACUGUUUCGUACUCUUCCACCCGGGUUUAGGACAUCCUGCCAGCUCCCAUGAAUGGGCCGAAACAAUUCCGCAAUUGCUCGAGACAAAGGUGCCGAUCAUUGUCACUGGAUAUACGCAGUAUGAUAUGGAGAGGGAUAUAAAAUGGGUUCAGGAGACAGUGGGAGGAGAAAUGGAUCUGCUGAUGCAUCCAGGGGAGAACCGCUUCCGAAGCUUGCGAUGGGAUCUCAAUGAUUUGGACCCUCAAGAUAUUAGCUGUGGGAAUUGGGGCGUAUGGGCCUUUAGAGGCAAAAGGUACGAGACUAUGAUGAAAGACACGGAGUAAAUUCCCCACGUGUAGGGGCACGCAGUACUCUAACCCUUCCAAGCUGUUCGCCCUCUUACACAAAGGAAGUGAUACUGCUUCACUGUAUAAUAGAAGAUCAUGAUGCCGGCAAAAAUGCGGCAUGCGUGAUUGGCAAUAGUGCAUAUAUCACCACACAACUUUUGGCUUUGAAAGCACGAUCAAAUUAAUAAACAAGGGCUUAGGGCUCUCAAAGGACCGGGCAUGAAUUUGAAUAUGUAUUACUCUUUGAUCAUUAGUUUUCCUGCACAUGCCGUAGAUCCAGCGAGUGAGCCUAGAAGUUAAUAGUACAAUUCAUCACUCCGCU